AUUUAUCUCAUCAAAUUUUUUUAGAGUAUCGAUUAGUAUAUAAGCAAACGAAAAGCUCCGAAAUGAAUCUAAAUUCUGCAAUAUGUCUAAAUUAACGUUAAUUCUGUUUGUGGCACUUUUUGGAUUAACAUUUGCAAAUCCGUUACUUCGUCCAGCUGAACCAAUACUGAAUCCUCGCAUUGUCGGUGGUCUCACUGCUGCAAAAGGACAGUUUCCUUAUCAAGUUUCUCUACAAAGUUCUGGAAAUCAUAUCUGUGGAGCUUCGAUUUUAAAUGAAAAAUGGAUAUUAACAGCAGCUCACUGUACACCAGUUUUAUCAGGAUUCAGCACUGUAGUUGUUGGAGCAUUUGAUCUAAAAAAUUUACAUAAUAACUCAAAAAUACACAGAAUUAAUAAAGUUAUUCCACAUCCAAGAUUUAAUGAAAAUGGCCAAAUGCACAACGAUUUAGCAUUAAUAAAAAUUGAGGAUACUGUAAGAUUUUCGGACAGCGUCCGCCCGAUUAGAUUACCUCCAAUUGAUCUGAAUGUAGAUGGAAUUCCUGUUAUUGCUUCUGGAUGGGGCAGAUUACAAUACCAAGGACAACAACCAAAUCGAUUACAAUAUUUAAAAAGUAAAGUAUUUGAUCAUAAAGCUUGCGUGAAACGUUAUGCUGGUGUUUCAUUUCUACCUCCAAUAACAGACACACAAAUUUGUACUUUUACAAAAUUUGGACAAGGAUUGUGUCACGGUGAUUCUGGUGGUCCACUUGUGGUUGGUAAUUAUCAAGUUGGAAUUGUCUCAAUGGGAAAACCAUGUGCCAAAGGAUAUCCAGAUGUACAAACACAUGUUUUCAAAUAUGUUGACUGGAUAAACAGAACAAUGAAGGAAAAUUCUAAUCCGUUAAUUUCUUUUAAUGAAUUAAAAUUGAGACCUCGUAUAGUUGGUGGACUGACGGCAACAAAAAAGCAGUUUCCUUAUCAAGUAUCACUACAAUUUACCAAAGUAGGACAUCUUUGUGGAGCUUCUAUCUUAAAUGAAAAAUGGAUAUUAACAGCAGCUCACUGCUUUAUGGGAACAUUUAGACCUGACUAUGUUGUGGUUGGAACUUCAAAUCUCUCUCAUUUAGAAGCAAACAGUGUAAAAUACGAAAUUAGUAAAGUUAUUGAACAUCCUAAAUUUAAUGUCGAUAAUCAAAUGCACAACGAUUUAGCAUUAAUAAAAAUUAGGGGUACAAUAAUAUUUUCGGACAACAUACACCCAAUUAAAUUGCCUCCAGUUGAUUUGAAUUUGCAUAGUAUUCCUGUUAUUGCUUCUGGAUGGGGUUCUUUAAGUCUGCCAGGAGAAGAACCAACAGAUUUGCAAUAUUUAGAAAGUAAAAUUUUUGAUCAUAAAACUUGCGUAGAACGUAUGUCUAAAUUGGACAGUUUUCCUCCUAUAAUAGAGACGCAACUUUGCACUUUUACAAAGUAUGGCCAAGGAUUGUGUCACGGUGAUUCUGGUGGUCCAAUUGUCAUUGGUGAUUAUCAAGUUGGAAUCGUUUCAAUGGGACUUCCAUGCGCUAAAGGAUAUCCAGAUGUGCAAACUCAUGUCUGGAAAUUUGUUGACUGGAUAAACAAAACAAUGGAAGAAAAUUAAAUCUGUUAUAUAAAUUAAUUUGUGCAAUAAUUUUUCUAUUUUAUCUGUAUUUUUUAAAUAAACAACGAAUCUAA